GCUCCAAGUUUGUGUCUGAGCGGAGCCGCCGCUGCCCGCGGGCUGCUCCCGUCCCCGUGCGCUCCCUUCUCCGCCGCCGCACCGCAGGGUCCGGCCCGGAGGGGCAGUGGUCCUGCCAUGGCGGGGCGCGGGCGGCGGCGCUGAGGCGGCUGAGGGGAGGGGUGUCGGUCCCCGAGCGGGCGCCAUGCGGUCCCUGAACAUCACCCCGGAGCAGUUCGCGCAGCUCCUGCGGGACAACAACGUGACGCGGGAGCAGUUCAUUGCUCUCUACGGGCUGCAGCCGCUGGUGUACAUCCCGGAGCUGCCGAGGCGCACCAAGGUGGCCUUCGUCCUCAUCUGCGUUCUCAUCUUCGCCCUGGCGCUCUUCGGCAACUGCCUGGUGCUGUACGUGGUGACCCGCAGCAAAGCCAUGAGGACCGUCACCAACAUCUUCAUCUGCUCCCUGGCGCUCAGCGACCUCUUCAUCGCCUUCUUCUGCGUGCCCUUCACCAUGCUGCAGAACAUCUCCUCCAACUGGCUCGGCGGUGCCUUUGCUUGCAAGAUGGUGCCAUUUGUUCAGUCCACUGCUAUUGUAACUGAGAUUCUUACCAUGACCUGCAUUGCUGUGGAAAGACACCAGGGAAUUGUGCAUCCACUAAAAAUGAAGUGGCAGUAUACCAAUAAAAGAGCUUUCACAAUGCUUGGCAUAGUCUGGUUACUGGCUCUUAUUGUUGGGUCACCCAUGUGGUACGUGCAACGGCUCGAGGUUAAAUAUGAUUUUCUGUAUGAAAAAGUGCAUGUUUGUUGCUUGGAAGAAUGGGCCAGUCCCAUUUAUCAGAAGAUCUAUACGACCUUUAUUCUUGUUAUACUCUUCCUUCUUCCACUGAUGCUGAUGCUUUUUUUGUACACUAAAAUUGGCUAUGAACUCUGGAUUAAGAAACGAGUGGGAGAUGCUUCAGUUCUUCAAACCAUUCAUGGGAGCGAAAUGUCUAAAAUAUCAAGGAAGAAGAAGCGAGCAAUUGUUAUGAUGGUGACAGUGGUGUUUCUCUUUGCAGUCUGUUGGGCGCCUUUCCAUGUGAUUCACAUGAUGAUGGAAUACAGUAAUUUUGAGAAGGAGUAUGAUGAUGUGACAAUCAAAAUGGUCUUUGCAAUUGUCCAGAUCAUAGGAUUCUUCAAUUCUAUUUGCAACCCUAUUGUGUAUGCUUUCAUGAAUGAGAACUUCAAGAAAAAUUUUCUGUCUGCCCUCUGCUUCUGCAUUGUGAAAGACAGCACAUCCCCAGGCAGGCAGUUUGGGAAUUCAGGAAUUACCAUGAAGAGGCAAAAGCCAAGUGCAGCGCAGAGAGAUCCAAUGGAUUCAGAUGAAGGCAGGAGGGAGGCGUUCAGUGAUGGCAACAUUGAGGUCAAGUUCUGUGAUCAGCCAGCUUCCAAAAGGAAUUUGAGAAGGCAUCUGGUCCUGUUCAGCUCUGAGCUUACUGUGCACUCUGCAGUAGGAAAUGGACAGUAGCAUCAUAAGGGGUUUGGGAAUGGAGAAGUCAUUCUCUUUGUGAUCAUUUCUAUAAGCCAUUUUGAAGAAUUUGCUACUUUGCAUGCUGAAAUGAGAGGGGAAAAUGAUCUGUGGACUCUAAUGGGGCUGACAUUGUGAGAUCUGCUCUCUGCAGCUUUAAGGACAGAGCAGCCUCAGAUCUGCAUUCAGGAAAGGUGGAGACUGAGAUGCAAUUCUACUUUAGAGAAAUGAAAGGGAAUAUGAAAGAGUUAUCCAGAACAUGACUCUGAUGAGAUUUAAGAUUUAAACAUUGCAUGCAUGUUCAGAUUUUGUUAACAUGAAGCAUAUUAGUAAUUAACAAUGCAUGCAUAAUUACUGUGCUGUUUUUACGGGUUAAUUCUUGGGUACAAAUUUAAAUGCCAUUGUAUUGCCCUGCAAACUGCAUUGUUCUGCUGGAAAAUGGAGAAGCUGAAAAAGUGCUGUACAAGAGAGUACAGAUGCAGGAGAUGUUGUCUGCAAACACUGAAAUGAACUUCCAGUCAUGCUUGGACACUUGACUCUGAGGUUGAAAAGGUGGUAUUGCCAUUUUCUGGAGGGUUAUAAGGGCCUGUUCCAGAGUCUGUUUAAAGGAAUAUCAUGGUCUUUUGACCAGACACUUCUCUGAAGAGGUGCUUGUGUUUUUCUGUCUGUCCAUCUUUGAAGGGGGUUAAUUGCUGUCUGAGAACUGGGCCAGUGCUUUGUUAUUUUAGGCUUCACAGUAAAUUGUGGAGUUGAUAUCCGUAUAAAUUCUGAAUGUUUUUGCUCCCAGUGGGCCAAACUGCAAAACUGCAAAGGUGUGUUUGCAAGUGUGGGACUGGGGGAGAAGUGUGAUCUGGACUGGUACACUGGGAUCUGGUCCCAUAAAUGAGGCCUUGAAAUACACAAUUUGCCCCUCCAGCUGAGGUUAGGUUGGAUCCUUUAACAGCCUGUAAAAUGUCAGUGCUCUCUUGUCACCCCUUGUCUCACCUACGGGACCUUGGUGCUGCCAGUCAAUUUAAGGUUCUUUUACAUUGCUGCUUUAUACUUCAUUGUAAAUGAAAACUUAGGAUAAAAUAUCCUCAUAUAAUUUGGAUGUCAUCUGAUCCUUCUUUAAUGUCUACAGAUUGCUAUGGGUUUGUGACAUAUUUUAUUAACAUAUAUAUUUUUUAAUAUUCUAUAUGAUACACUUCUGUGCAAUGACAAAGUUCCUGACUUGUCCUGAGGGCCAAGAAUUGAGAGCUUAAUGAGUUAUUAUCAUAAUAGUUUUCCUCUGCAGAUGUAAAGUUUAACUGCCUGAUGGUGAGAACUACGUGUUUGGACAGAACCUGUAACUGAAAACAAAUUUAUUGUAAGCUAUUUAUUUAUUUGCACUGCUAAUUUCAGUGACAGAUUUUAACAAGCAUUUAACGAAAACUUCCAAUUAUGUUUUUCUUUCAUCUUACCUGCUGCUUCUGUUGUCUCAUAAAAUGUUGUGUCAAUGAAUAACUGUUGUAGUAUUAAUUUUAUUUUCAUUAAAGUUCCUUUAUGGCUUUGUUGGUGCUGUUUUGCACU